AUGGAUCAGACCGGGCAAGAUGUCCCCAUUGGUGCAAUAGUGAAAAGACUUAUGAGGGCAAACAGCUGCUCUCUGAUGGAAUUUGAGGGCCGUUCCACAAGAGGGAAAUCGUGUCUGGCACAUAUAAUACAGGUGGUAAUGGAUGGACAAAAUGUAAGUUUUCCCAAUACAUUUGUUCUAUUGGGAUUCUCAGAUCAUCCUUGGCUAGAGAUCCCUCUCUUUGGAGUGGUCCAGGCUGCCUACAUCUUUGCCCUGAUGGGAAACAGCUCCAUCAUCUUUCUCUCCAUGGUGGAGCCCAGACUCCAGACACCCAUGUACUUCUUCCUAGACAACCUCUCCAUGCUCGACCUCUGUGUCACCUCCACCAUUGUGCCCCAGUUGCUCACAAACCUCUUGGGCCCAGAGAAGACCAUCUCUGCCUGGGGCUGCAUCACACAGGUCUAUAUUUUCAGCUGGGCAGGCAGCACAGAAUGUGUAGUGCUGGCAGUGAUGGCCUUUGAUCGCUACGCGGCCAUCUGCCAGCCCCUCCGCUACGCUGCCCUCAUGCAUCCCUGGGCAUGCGUGUGGCUGGCAGUUGCAUGCUGGUCCAGUGGCCUGGCCAACUCUCUGGUGCAAGUCACACUCGCCAUUCAGCUUCCCUUCUGUGGGAAACGCACUCUAGACCACUUCUUCUGUGAGAUUCCUGCUCUGAUCAAGCUGGCAUGUGCUGACACCACUGCUAAUGAAUUGUACUUGGCCUUAGGAGAUGUUCCUUUUGCAUUGAUGGCUCCCCUGGUGGUAUUAAUUUCCUACAGCCUCAUUGCUAGGGCUGUGCUGAAGUUACCUUCAGCUGAAGGAAGGAUCAAGGCUUUCAACACCUGCAGCUCCCACUUGCUGGUUGUCAUCCUGUUCUAUGGCCCAUGCAUCUACAUUUAUAUCCAACCUCCAGCCAACAGCACCCAGGCCAAGUUCAUGUCCUUCUUCUACUGCGUCAUCACACCAGUGCUCAACCCUCUCAUCUACACGCUGAGGAACAAGGAUGUUAAGGCCGCAUGGAGGAGGAUCCUGCCAUCUCUGGGUAUGGGGAAAUAUUUCAGAUCCAGAUGA